AAUGAUGACAUCACAGCCGAUCAACAAACUGUUAUCUGUCGAUCGCGAUCGCUAAAGCUAGCUACUAUUUUUCACACACUCUCAUUAGACGGUGCCCUAUCUACGCGUACUGUACUGCUUCCCUAGAGGCCAUCAUCGACUGCUCUCAAGCCCAAAGCCUCCGUAAGAUAAUCAACCAAGCGUUAUCAAAAAUAUGUCGCGACCCAAUAAUGUACAGAGGGCUAACGGCAUUCCAAGAGAAAAGAUUUGCCAGUUUAAAUUAGUACUUCUCGGCGAAUCGGCAGUCGGCAAGUCUAGUUUGGUUCUCCGCUUUGUCAAAGGUCAAUUCCACGAGUAUCAAGAGAGCACUAUCGGAGCCGCGUUUCUAACUCAAACGGUUAACUUGGACGACACAACAGUCAAGUUUGAGAUCUGGGACACAGCAGGGCAGGAGAGAUAUCACAGCCUUGCCCCCAUGUACUACAGGGGGGCUCAAGCUGCUAUAGUCGUAUAUGACAUCACCAAUAAUGACACUUUUGUACGUGCCAAGUCGUGGGUGAAAGAGCUGCAGAGACAGGCCAGCCCUAACAUCGUGAUAGCUCUAGCUGGGAACAAAGCUGAUCUGGCCAGUAAAAGAAUGGUUGACUUUGAGGAGGCACAAGUGUACGCUGAGGAGAAUAGUCUAUUGUUUAUGGAGACGUCUGCUAAGACUGCUAUGAACGUUAACGACAUAUUCUUGGCAAUAGCUAAAAAGUUACCCAAGAGCACGCCCACUCCAACACGAGCAGGUGGCAAUGGUGGUGGGAGAGAGCCCUAUGUCAGAGAUUCAGAACCAAGCCGGCAACAGAGUGGAGGAGGCUGCUGUGGCAAGUCUGGAUAGCUACUACCCUCUAAACUUUAACUUAAUAACAAUAUUUUCUGUGUACAUUUAUUAUUAUGGACUACUGCAAGCAAGCAUGUUCAGUUACUGAUUACGUUGUUGUUUUACGUCACACUGCAUUGUUAAAAUGUCCCAUAGCACUGCUUGUCUGUUUGUUGCCUUUUAAAAUGUUGUUCUUGCCAUUUAAACGUGUUGUUUGAUUUGCUGAA